AUGCACGAGCUAGCCGGAGACCUCGCCAAGGCCUUGGAUAUCUACGAUCUCAAUCACGAGUUCAUUCGGGAUAUUGUCAAGGCUCUCCCAGAGCUGCUAAAAGCUUUUGCACUAAGUCUAGGCCAAGCAUCCCCCAGUCAAAUCCAGCGUGAUAUUAUGGUAUUCAUUCACCAAAAUCGACGAAAGAUUGCAGCCAUGUUUGAGCAAGCUCUCCUCGCACGCGGUAGUGAAUUUCUGAAGCAGCACUCCCCUAAAGCGAGGUCUGUGGACGAUACAAUGUGGUUCGGGGGUCAGCAGAAUGAUGAGGCGUUACAAGGCAUGAGCCUCCCUCAUCGUAAACUCGCAGAUCGCCGCAAAAGCCGCAUGAAGCAGAGUGAAACCGCCAAGUCCGGCGAAGACACAACCACUCCGAACAACGAUUCUGAGGCUGGCAGCAAUCGCUCGCAAAUGCAGAACUAUCUGCUCUUAAUCCAGGCUAGUCCUGCAUAUCCGCUGCUGUUGAAGAGGAUUCGACGUGAGCGUAUGAUCGCACUGCCAGAACCAAGAUCUGGAGCCGGGAUCCGCGAAACAAUUCUUGAGGCUCUACUUAAGACUGAACGGAUUAGUAGAAGAGCCCCCAGUCAGACGUUCAAUGUCGCACUCAAGACGUAUUGGGAUCCAGUCAUUUUCAUGGAGGAGCAGCGGUAUGAAGAGACAGCAGACUACGCAUUUGAGAGAGUUAUUACAACAACCGGCUGCUUUUCUUCAGCACAGGCCUUGACCAUUUGGGAAUAUAUGGACCAGACGUGGCCUUGCACAGGUUGCGAAGUAUUGAGCCUGGUGAAGACAACUGUAACCAAGGGGGUCAAGGAAUCUGUUACCCUUGUGGACGGUACUCGAGUCACUUGUACCCGAGGCACAUUUACAGAGGAACGGUCAUCGCGCCAAAUGCUCUUCGAAAUUCGCGGAACGGGACCCGCCAUUGCAGAGAUUGGCGAGCAGGUAGCAUGGAUGGCCUCCGCGUUGCGGACCUGUCCUUCGGAAGGGACGGUUGCCCAUGGCAAGCUUAUAGUUCAUACUACCAGGCCCCGGAACGGUGAUCACAAUCCACAAGCAGCUUUUCUAUUUGAACUCACAGUUGAACUCAGGGAGAGUAUCAAGAGCAUGGAGCCCCUUAACGGGCAGUGCUGGCACAGAUUGAUGGCGAGUCCAGUGGUAGUGGAAGGUUUCCCAAUCCGUCGGCGACCCUCGCACGCGUCCGAGGGUCUCGAAAUACCGCUAGGCAUGCUAGCUCAGCUGGUUGAUACGACUCGAGUAUCCCGAUUUGACCAAAAGACACUCUUGAAGGGGUUUACCAGCAUGGCGAUUGUGACUGGCUAUUCCCAGAAUGUUGUCUCAUGGCAUCUCACUCAGGAGAACCAGGGCCGUCAACAGGGUGCGAGCUACAGCAUUGGAAAUACCGGACUACCACACACUAUUGAGGAGGAAGAGCUUUUCAGUACCUGCGCGCUCUCUGCAGGCCCAAUAUUCGCAGACGGCACACGCCCUGUCCUAGGGCAAAGAGACAUUAGAGCACCACGAUCGUCAUUCAUUAAGAAGAUGAAAUGGCUCUUUCAAAAAUACGUUGUUCUAUGGGAUGAGGCGGAGCAAAGAGGAUGGCUGGUUAACGGAGCUAGCGCUCUGCUACAUCUUAUCCGAGCAUCGAUCUAUGAACACCGCUGUGCUGGUGCACCGGAGGCCGCUCGCCAUUUGCAUGAGGACCAGCUACACGAAGCCAAACGGCCGUAUCAAUGGGACUCAGCGUUCCAACUGCUAGUUCAUCCGAUCAAUCGCAAAAUAAACAUGUCCGGGAGCGGAGAGAAUCCGAUUACGUUUCAAGACCGUGCUGAAGAUUACUUUACCUUGCUAGAACAGGCAAUAGACAUUCGGCUCAGAGCCACAAGUCGGCACGGCCCGGCUGGUAAACAACCAAGGUCGGUGCUGGACAGGUGA